CGGGCCAGCCGGGCCGCCGGGGCCCAGAGCGCCGCGCUCGCAGCGGGUAGCGCCUCCAGCGCCGUCCGCGCUCGCUCGGCGGCCUCGGGGCCGCAGGCCGGUCCGGGGAGGCGGCGAAGGCGGCGCCCAAGCGCCCGCCGCCCAGCAGGCAGGAUGAGCAUCGAGAUCCCCGCGGGACUGACGGAACUGCUGCAGGGCUUCACGGUGGAGGUGCUGAGGCACCAGCCCACGGACCUGCUGGAGUUCGCGCUGCAGCACUUCACGCGCCUGCAGCAGGAGAACGAGCGCAAAGGCGCCGCGCGCUUCGGCCAUGAGGGCAGGACCUGGGGGGACGCGGGCGCCGCCGCCGGGGGCGGCACCCCCAGUAAGGGGGUCAACUUCGCCGAGGAGCCCAUGCACACCGACUCCGAGAAUGGGGAGGAGGAGGAGGCCGCGGACGCCGGGGCGUUCAACGCUCCUGUAAUAAACCGAUUCACAAGGCGUGCCUCGGUAUGUGCAGAAGCCUAUAAUCCCGAUGAAGAAGAAGAUGAUGCAGAGUCCAGGAUUAUACAUCCCAAAACUGAUGAUCAAAGAAAUCGAUUGCAAGAGGCUUGCAAAGACAUCCUGCUGUUUAAGAACCUGGAUCCGGAGCAGAUGUCUCAAGUGUUAGAUGCCAUGUUUGAAAAACUGGUCAAAGAAGGGGAGCAUGUAAUUGAUCAAGGUGAUGAUGGUGACAACUUCUACGUGAUUGAUAGAGGAACAUUUGAUAUCUAUGUGAAAUGCGAUGGUGUCGGAAGGUGUGUGGGGAAUUACGAUAACCGCGGGAGUUUCGGUGAACUGGCCUUAAUGUACAAUACGCCCAGAGCAGCUACAAUCACUGCUACCUCUCCUGGUGCUCUGUGGGGUUUGGACAGGGUAACCUUCAGGAGAAUAAUUGUAAAAAAUAAUGCCAAAAAGAGAAAAAUGUAUGAAAGCUUUAUCGAGUCACUGCCAUUCCUUAAAUCGUUGGAAGUUUCUGAACGCCUGAAAGUGGUGGAUGUGAUAGGCACCAAAGUAUACAACGAUGGAGAACAAAUCAUUGCUCAGGGAGAUUUGGCGGAUUCUUUUUUCAUCGUAGAAUCGGGUGAAGUGAAAAUCACUAUGAAAAGGAAGGGUAAAUCAGAAGUGGAAGAGAAUGGCGCCGUGGAAAUCGCUCGGUGUUCUCGGGGACAGUACUUUGGAGAGCUGGCUCUGGUCACUAACAAACCUCGGGCAGCUUCCGCACACGCCAUCGGGACUGUCAAAUGUUUAGCUAUGGAUGUGCAGGCGUUUGAAAGGCUUUUGGGACCUUGCAUGGAAAUUAUGAAAAGGAACAUUGCCACCUAUGAAGAACAAUUAGUUGCUCUGUUUGGAACUAACAUGGAUAUUGUUGAACCCACUGCAUGAAGCAAAAGUAUGGACAAGACCCAUAGUGACAAAAUUACACAGUAGUGGUUAGUCCACUGAGAAUGUGUUUGUGUAGAUGCCAAGCAUUUUCUGUGAUUUCAGGUUUUUUUCCUUUUUUACAUUUACAAUGUAUCCGUAAACAGAGUAGUGAUUUAAUACUCAAUAGGCUUUACCAUCACUUUCUAAAGAGUAGGUCAAAAAAAUACUGACAUACUGAUGAGAUGACUUUGUACUCCACAAAAUUAUGAUUUGAGUGAAAGAUUUAUUCAGAUGAUUGUAAUAUACUGAAAGUAUCUGUGUGUAAGAAGAUAAUUAAAGGAUGCUGCCGUGGGUGAUACGUGUUCAUUUGGACUUCCCCGGAUUGCUGUGUUAGUGAGUGUGCCCGUGAAAAGGGACCCUGGCAGUGACUCAUGCUGGACAGCCUUGCAUCACAUUCUUUUUACAACUCACUAUAUAUAGUAAGUACAGUUUUAACCAUUUUUGUUUUCUCAAGUUUUUCUGGCUUGAUAAGUUAUGUGCUGGCCUUGGACUACGGUAAAAUGGUAGAACACAUCAUAUGCAAUUUUCAAACCUUUUCUAUUUUUGCAAUAAAGUACAUUCUGACUUCUUUGGCAUAAUGUCAGUAACCUCCGUACUCCAGUGGUUUUAAGGACAGGCAAUGUAGUCAUUAUGAUAAUAGGGAAGAGUCUUUUUUAGAUGAGAGAUCAUUGACACAGUUUCCUCAUAAAGCAUAUAUCUGCUUCCUUUUUCCAUUUUGUAGUUCUCUGUACUCUUUAAAAAAAGUUUGAGUUCGACAUGUAAUGUCACAAAUAGUUUUUUUAAAUGCUAUUUAAACUUGUCUUCUAGAAGUCAGAGAUCUUACAUAUGCAAAAAAAAAAAAAAGACCUCUCCUAUACCAAAAAUAUUUUGGGGUCCUUAUCAACAUGCCCACAGGAUAUUUCUCUGUUCUUCACUAGGUGUACAUAAUAUGAUCCUUUGCAGACAUCUGCUCCCAUGGGUUUCCUUUAAGGUGGUAGAAAUAAAUUUUUAUGAGCAAAACCAUAUAUAAAGAUAAAAGGAAUUUCUGCCCCAUCCAAUUAGGCCUUGCCAUUUGUGUUAAUGUAGACUCAAAAGUGCAGGAUGAACUUAACUGAAUAUCAGAUUUUCAUUGAUAAUAUGUUUAUUAUUCUGCCACAUAAGAUGAAUUACAUUUAACCAAAGCAGUAUUAUUCUUAACAUGAUUUCUAGGCCCACAUGACCCCAGUGUCUGGAGAGAUUAGUUCUAACCAGUUGUUCACUUUUAAAUGAGCCCAUUGCAUUUUGGGAAACAGGUUUUACAGAAAUACAAACCUGGGUAAAAAUAUUCUGUGGCUCUUAUAGUGUGAUGUUAUUAGAGAAUGUUUAUGGUCUUACAUAUAUAAUGAAAAUAUGGUUAAAAUGUUCAUCAAGUAAUGUACAUAUAAAAAUUAUGUAAAGUAUAACUUAACCACAUUUUAGAACACUGUUUAACAAUUUUGCAAACUUUCUUGUAGGAAGAGAGCUUACGACAUGAAGAUGACUUGUUUUCUAUUUCAGAUUUCAUUUUAAAAGCCAGGUCUGUUAAAAAAGAAAAAAACCACAAAGAACCCCCAGAUUCCUGGCUCAUCAUUCUCUUUUUCAAGAUACCUUGUUGCAUAAGCUGAUUAUUAACUAUUCAUGGAGUAGCAAAUAAAUGCCUGUUUAAUAAAGAACUCUGACCAAGGCUGUAAAUGCCAGUUACAUUAUUUUCAGUAUUGUUGGUUAUAUUUAAAUUUACCUUAUAAUAAAGCACACUUUUAUAAUAAAAUG